GUAGGUGAUAUGUGAGUGUCUUUAGAUAAUAUAGAGUGUGUUUAAUAAGUGUGUGUGGAUGUAGGUGAUAUGUGAGUGUCUUUAAAUAAUAUAUGUGUGUGUGUGUGUAGGGCAGUCACAAAAACCAAUGCUACAGUAAACACCUCGUAAUGACAGGUACAGUACAGCUUUCUUGUCCUAGGAGGUAGAGUGAAAACAUUAUAACAGAGUAAGUUAAGAGAUUCCUUGAUAAAUCUGAGAUAGAAAUUUACACUGAACCACCAAUACUCUGGUUGUAGUCCCUGGGGCAGUAAGUCACCUGUCCUUCAGUAAGUAGAUAGGGGAGCUCACAUUAUGUAUAUCUUAAUCAUACUCAGGUUAUCGAGAUCUUUGGGACACUACGGUAGUUACUGUACUGGGGUCACACGCUGUUUAUAUAUGCAGGAUGGGGGUAUAAUUGCUUUAAAAAUUUAUUACAGUACUUACACAUAUUAUUGUAUUACUUAUUUUAUUAGUUAUAUAUAUAUAUAUAUAUUUUUUUAUAUACCAGUGCUAAGCGACAGAAAAGGGAAGAAGAAUUACAACGCAAGGAAGAAGAGAAGAGACAGAAGGAAGAGGAGAAAAAGCAAAAAGAUAAAGCUAAACAGGUGAAGGAAAAGGAAAACGACAAAUUAAAGAACAGAUUUGCCAGUUUCUUCGUUGCCAAGAAGCGGGAUAUUGGUGAAAUGGAGGAGGAGAGUGAUAACGGCCUCUUCAUGCAAUUUCGGGUGAAAGAAGACAUGAGGUUAGCUCCAAUUAAGAGGUCACAUCUCUCUGAAGAUCAACAAAUGGAGUUAGAUUCGGUUAUAUCCAGCGAACCGUCGAGUAUACGCGAGACGUACCUAAACAUCCUGAAAACCGGAAGUUACGUCAUGCAGCGGUGUGAGCAGACGUGGCCCCCUGAGGACAAGAAAGAUGAGGUCGAUGAUGAUAUUGAAGUAAUUGAGUAUGAUGAUGAUGAAGGUCUUGAUAAUAUGGAUGGAAUGAUUGAAGAUGUUGUUGCUGGGAAGACAGAAGGCAAACAUGUAAAGGCCAAGCUCUUAUCCUUUUGUGAAAACCGUAGACCUGCGUACUGGGGCACGUGGAGUAAGAAGAGCUCAACUGUGUCUGCUCGACGGCCUCUUGCUAAAGAUCAAAUUUUUGACUACGAGUAUGACAGUGAUGAUGACUGGGAAGAGGAGGAGGCAGGAGAAAGCCUUAGUGAUUCCGAAGGUGAGGAGAAGGAAGGUGAGGAGAAAGAAGAGGAGGGAGACGGAGACCAGUAUGAGGUGGAUAAUGACUUCUUCGUCCCCCAUGGCUACCUCUCGGAUGACGAAGGCAGAUCAGAUGAGGAAGGUGCCCAGGAAGAGAGUGUGGUCGAGGAUGAUGGUACCAAGAACAAAGAGAAACUCAAGCAAAAACAAGCAGAGUUUGAGGAAGAGAUGAAGAAGAAGACCAGACAUCUCAAGCCACGCGUCUUAGGGUGUUUAUGGAUGGCCGAUAAAAACAACAAUCGAGCUUAUGAUCAGCUUAUGAAACUCUUGAGUCCCCAUAAAGUAGUCAAUCUGUGCUCUCGGCUACCAAUUGACAUACGUCGUAGGGGAUCACUGCCUGCAGUUGUCAAGGAUCAGAACCCAGAGGAUGAGCCGUUCCAAGAUGACAAGACUGGUGGAAAACCCAAAUAUUUCAAGACUUUCCCAGAGGAAGCUAUUCCACAUCUAAUCCGGUUACUUCACGGGAAUCGUAACGGGAAAAUUUUCCUGUCUCGGGAGUUUUCUGACUACUGGAGAAAGAAAGAUUUAGAAGAUGAUAAUGAUGAAACCACCACUACCAUGAUGCCCAGUGGUGGUUAUUUCAUUGCAAAGAAAAAGGUAGAGUCUAAAAUCAAGGAGCUGGGUCGCUGGAGGAAGUGUAUUGAUGAAGGGCCAUUGCACAAGGUUAUGAUGUGGUAUGUUCCCAAAGUUGUGCGAGAACAAUAUGGACUUGGGGAUCUAUCCUUGCCUAACACGUGGAACUACAUCAAUAAGCCAAAAGAACGGAGAGAAGUUAAUCAUGAAGAUCUGGAGAGUGUUGAAGAAGGGACCAAAACUGGGAAACUGACCCCUAUAACAGCAUUUGCUAAGAAACUACCCCAGACUCCUGUAUCCACUCUCAACUCCCCUGCUGCCGCCUCCACUAGUGCCACUCCACAAACUUCGAAAGCAGACAAAGGUUCUCCUAACAGUGGCCUAGCUGUUGCUUCUUCUCCGGUUACAACAGUUAACUCUCCUUCUUGUACCUCGCCAUCAGCUCUCAUCAAAAAUCCAACAGGGAAGCCCACACCCACAAUUAAGAAGAGAGGGUAUAUCUUUUCAAGCCCCCGGGGGCAGGAGGUCACUGCCCAACAAGCUUCCUUUGCUUCUUUCUUCAAAAAACCAGAAGAGAAAUUUUCAACUGAACCUUCAGCUGAUUCUAAAAAGGAAGAAAGGUCCAAAGAUGGGCAGGAAAACGAGUUUGUUUGUAUAACUUUAGAAUGAAAUUGGUUGAUAACAAUUCAUGUAUCCUUAAAUUAAGUGUAGCUAUUGAAAUGGAGAAUUUGCCUUAAAUACAGUACAUAGAGUCCCUGCUUAUCGUCAAACAGGUACUCUUUUAUGUGUUCCUGAAAAGUGCAGCUUUAUAUGAAACACUAAACAAAUAAGUAUUUCACAUAAUAGAUCGUGAAAAUAGUCUUUGUACACAAAAGGUUUUAAAUUAGCUCAUGCAAUGAGGUGAUGUUCCACUUACUGUACUUGACUGCCUUCAGUGAAUGAUCUAUCGCAACACCUAGAUCUUUCUCCUUGUCAACAGUAUCGAGGAAGGUGUUAUUAACAGAAUAGUUGUGAUUUCAGUUGUUGUAUCCUGUGUGUAGGGUCUUGCAUUUCAUAAUGUUAAAGAGCAUUUGCCAGUCUCGAGACCAAUAGAACACCUCAUUCAGAUCUUUCUGCAUUGUUGCGAUAUUGUUUUGACCUGCUACUUUCACAAAUAUCUUUUUGUCGUCUGCAAACUUGACUAUAUGGCUCGAUAUAUUUUCAUCUAUUUCAAUUAUGUAGAUCACAAACAAGGUGGUCCAAGGAUAGAGCCUUGUGGUACUCCACUGAGAACUGUUUCCCCUUUAGAACGUACUCCAUUUAUUACUGCUCUUUGUUGCUAGUCUGAGCCAUAUGUUAAUCCACAUCAACAUCUUCCUGUGAUGGUACGUGCCUGGAUCUUAGAGGCACUUUGUUAAAUGCCUUAGAGAAAUCCAUGUACUACACAUCCACUGGUGAGUCUCAGUCCACAUAGUUUCUUACCAUUUCAUGGAAUGUGAGUAAGUGCAGUAGACAGUAUUUUCUUUACAUGAAACUAUUGUGAAGUGUUGAUAGACUGUGUUUGAUCAUGUCCACCAUAGGUUCAUCAGUCAUCAAGACUAAAUCUAGAAUGUUGUCUCCCCUCUUGAUUUUUUACACGUUGUGGGAGGAAGGAGUCUUUAAUGAGAUCAAGGAAUUCUCCCUUGGCUUGUGUGGUAAGAUUCACCCAAUGUAUUGUCUCAUGAUUAAAGUCUCUCAUGAUGAAGGUUUGUGCUCUAGAUGCUGACUGGAGGUCUGCUACUUCCUCUCCUGAAGUCGAGUCAACCCUAUACACAAACCUACUGUUAGUUUCAAUGUGUUUUGAGCUAUCAAAUCAAAUCACACCAAAUUGGUUUGGAUGAUCUCAUUUUAUUUAGCUCAUCAUUAAAGGUUGCUAUCAGGUGCUACUACAUCAGGGCAGUCAGGAGACGAACUUAUUUUGAGUUCACAAAGCUUGUUCAUGGAAAAAUAGGAUUUAUGCACUGUUCACUUACUGUUAAUGUUCCAUGAUACAACUAUCACCCAGUGUUAUUUUAAUACACUAAAAAGUCAUGUCUUGAUGCCACUGCGGUGACCUGUGAUGCACUAGUUACCAGGUCACUAAUUUUCUCUCAUUCAGUUUCUUUUAAAUACUACUGUGAGAUGGUCUUGGUAUUUCUUCACUAUACAGUACUAUACUGUUUUACCCGGUGUUUCUCUGGUGGAUAUCUUAUGGUCACCACUAUUGGAUAUCUCGUGAAUUGCUCUAUUUUCCACUCCUAUUUCUCUUGACUGGUUACUUGAGGCAACUGUUUCUUAAGCCUAAGGCAUUUCACUCAAACUAAUGAAAUUUAUAUUUUCCCUCAAUUUCUGAUGUCACUCCUCGGCACUGAUAAGAGUAGCCUCUUUGCCAAGGUAACCUUGGUGAUAUUAUGAGUUCAUGGUCUGAGUCUUAAAGUUGCGCAUGAAAAAUGUUUCAAAUGACUUUUUCUUUUUUUCUUUUUCUUUUUUUACAGAGCACAGCAUGGCACACUUACUUUCCGUUGAUGAGUUAUAUUUAUAUAGUAAAGUGUAGUAAAAUUAUGCACUUACCUUUUCAUUGUGGGGGGUGUUCAUACCGGUAUAUCUCCAACACUGCGGCACAUCCUGCUGCUGGUGAGAAACCUCAUUGUGAUCUACUCCUGCACAGUAAUUGUAUCUAAAAAAAUUAAAAAGUAAUUUAUAUUUUUUAUUCUAAUUUAAUAGAUGACUUUCUUAAAUGAUACCAUAUUUGUAAUAAUGUACAGGUUAAGUUUUAAGUUUGGCAUGUGUGUAAAAAAAAUUGUUGGUAUUCAAGAGUUUGUGCUCAUUGUGAACGACAAAAAUUUGGUAUGAAAUUAAUUAUGUCAAAAUAAUUAUGUUCUCGAGUAUGCGUCACAUUCGUGCCGGUUGUUGAAAUUUAUAAUUGAGUGGAUUACUUUUACCACCUUUGCAUCAAUUUGUGAUUGCAAUGAGAUUCUUUGCAGCAGUUUUCAGGCAAGCAAAUGUUUGUGUUGGAAGCAUAAAAGUAUCAUAGGUAAUACCCAUUUAGUAAUGUUAACUUUCAUAGAUCAGAAACAGUAGAUCCUGCAGCUGUGAAGAAUAAGAGCAUCACUCUUCCAUCACAUCAGUACAGUAUUUCCAUCCCUUGUUAAUGAUAACAAGGGAUCAGUGGUGAAGAAUAAUAGAUUCAAUGUUAAGAGACAAUGUACCUCUUUCUUAAUCUAAGUUCUUUAAUGUUCUUAUUAUGCCUACCACAUUCAAGCACACCUGCAAUUUAUUGCAAAAAUAAUAUUGUCCACUGUUAACGGAAUGGAAAAAUAAUGAAACUGCCCAUCUCCCACCAUCUUGGUGAAUGCUCCACACAAAAUGAGUUCUUUCCAGUGAUAACUGUUGUAACCUAAACAUAUGUUUUCAAUGGUGAAUGAUAGUGCUGCAUGUACUGUACAUAAGUAUCAAUGAUAACGAAGAGGAAGAGAGCCACAAAAACUAAUUUUUACUGUACCUGCAAAUUUAUUGGUGCAGAGAGCUCAGCUUUUAUGUUGCCUCCUUUCCUUUGUGUACUUGUAAUACAAUAUCUGGCCAGGGGAGUUAACAAAUGUAUCAUUUGUGUUUAUAUUUUUAGUUUCACAAAUAUAAUUUUUAAUUGUGAUUUACAAAACUUUUUCUAAAUUUCAAUAAAUUUUGUUCCUGAAUCUACAGACAAUUUAGGGUUGGCACCUGGCAACACUGCUUCAUUUAUUCUGCAUCAGUAUCCUAAAUCUUGUUAAAAUUACUCAUAAAGCUAUACAGUAUGCUGGUACAGUACCUGAAAAUUUGUUACACCAGUGGUGUUUAAUCUGGUGGGCAUUUCCAUCUUUCCAGGAAGUGCAAGUGAUUAAACAUAUUUCUAACUCAA